CCGUUUGCAGACCACGGCUUUACCUACCCACGUGACCAGCCAGGAUUACGUAUUGUUUCACCUUUCACCCUUCACCUCUGACAAUCUGGUGACGACUUCCGGAAAUUUUGUAAUCGUGUGUGGUGGGAGAAAACCAAGCGAGAAACGCGUGGAUAUUAAACUGCAAAUAUGGCCCGAAAUGCAGAAAAGGCCAUGACGGCCUUGGCCCGAUUUCGUCAGGCCCAGUUGGAAGAGGGGAAAGUCAAGGAAAGGAGACCUUUUCUUGCUUCGGAGUGCAACGAGUUACCCAAAGCAGAGAAAUGGAGACGACAGAUCAUCAGUGAAAUUUCUAAGAAGGUUGCACAGAUUCAAAACGCCGGCCUCGGCGAAUUUAAGAUUCGAGAUCUUAAUGACGAGAUCAACAAGCUGCUUCGAGAAAAGGGACACUGGGAGGUCCGCAUCAAGGAGCUCGGAGGCCCGGACUAUGGGAGAAUAGGACCAAGGAUGCUGGACCACGAGGGCAAGGAGGUCCCAGGAAACAGAGGGUAUAAGUAUUUUGGAGCGGCUAAAGACCUGCCCGGUGUGCGAGAACUCUUCGAGAAAGAGCCAAUACCACCCCCAAGAAAAACACGAGCAGAGCUCAUGAAGGACAUAGAUGCUGAAUACUAUGGGUACCGAGAUGAAGACGAUGGUGUUUUGGUACCUCUGGAGCAGGAGUAUGAGAAACAAGUCAUAGCAAAAGCUGUCGAAAAAUGGAAAGCAGAGAAAGAAGCCCGUCUGGAGGGAGGUGGAGGUGGGGGAAAGGAGGAUGAGGAGGAGGAGAACAUCUAUGCUGUGAGGGAAGAGAAUUCCGAUGAUGAGAUGAAGGAAAACACGGAGGGAGAGGAAGGAUCGCAGGCCUUCAUUGCCCAUGUUCCUGUACCUUCACAGAAAGAGAUUGAGGAGGCGCUGGUUAGAAGGAAGAAGAUGGAGCUGCUGCAGAAAUAUGCCAGUGAGACACUGAUGGCUCAGAGUGAGGAGGCCAAGACUCUGCUUGGGCUAUAGGGCACGGAAAGCACUGCAUCCCCAAAGACGUCAGGUCUAAGGUCCAGGCGAUGGAGCUGGACCUUGGUGGAUCGGGGCUUAUUGAUGCUAAACAUCACGCAGGUCCUCAUAAGCCGUGUUUGUGUGUCACCGAAACAAAUGUAAAUAACUGCUUUUGGAUUUUUAUAUCACUGUGUUUGUCAGUAAACUAUUUUCUACAAAGUAA